AUGUUCGCUCUUGUUAAUACCAAGUUACCUUUAACAGGACAACAUCUUCAAGACAUCCUCAGAAACAGAAAACAGUUUAUUCAUUCACUCAAAUUCACUUUAUGUCAGAAUGAAAAUCUGCAACUUCUGCAUGUCACUGGCCAUCAUUUUGGUGAUGACGAACAUCAACAUGGUAACGACUGAGAAUCACAUCCCCACCACUCUGGAUGGCCCAUUUGACCCCGUGACUCGCCGGUUCGACCCAUCUCUGCGACGAGGCAGUGAUGACUUGCCCAUGACUCAUCCAAGGCUAAGAAAGAAUGUCACUUCAAAUUUCCCUGAACAGAUUGCUAUUGCAAUUUCCUCACCAACUUCCAUGUGGGUUUCUUGGGUUACUGGGGAUGCACAGAUUGGCCUCAAUGUGACCCCACUUGAUCCUGCAUCCGUUGGAAGUGAGGUGUUGUAUGGGAAAGAGAGUGGAAAGUACACAAGUGUUGGAAAAGGUGAUUCUGUUGUUUACAGUCAAUUGUAUCCCUUUCAAGACCUCUGGAAUUACACUUCUGGUAUCAUUCACCAUGUGAAACUUGAAGGUCUUGAACCAGGAACCAGAUAUUAUUACAAAUGUGGGGAUAGUUCUAUACCAUCCAUGAGCCAAGAGCUUUCUUUUGAGACUUUUCCAAAACCCAGUCCAAAUGAUUAUCCACAUCGAAUAGCAAUUAUUGGAGAUUUGGGCCUCACAAGCAAUUCUACAACAACUAUUGAUCAUCUAAUUCACAAUGAUCCGUCUUUGAUUCUAAUGAUUGGAGAUUUAACAUAUGCAAAUCAGUAUCUUACAACUGGUGGAAAGGGAGUUCCGUGUUUUUCAUGUGCAUUUCCAGAUGCUCCUAUUAGAGAGACAUAUCAACCUCGAUGGGAUGGGUGGGGAAGGUUUAUGGAGCCUUUGACCUCAGAAAUUCCUAUGAUGGUUAUUGAGGGGAAUCAUGAGAUUGAACCUCAAGCUGAUGGGAUCACAUUCAAAUCAUACUUGACACGAUUUGCAGUUCCUGCUGAAGAAAGUGGCUCUAAAAGUAAAUUCUACUACUCUUUCGAUGCUGGUGGCAUACACUUUAUCAUGUUGGGGGCAUAUGUUGAUUACAACAGUACUGGUGCACAGUUUGCUUGGAUGAAGCAAGAUCUGAAAAGUAUUGAUCGUAGCGUAACCCCUUGGUUGGUAGCUGCAUGGCAUCCUCCUUGGUAUAAUAGCUAUGCUUCACACUAUCAAGAAUUUGAGUGUAUGAGAUUGGAAAUGGAAGAACUUCUCUAUCAAUACAGAGUUGAUAUAGUUUUUAAUGGUCAUGUUCAUGCUUAUGAGCGGAUGAAUAGAGUUUAUAAUUACACGUUGGAUCCUUGUGGACCUAUUUACAUAACUGUUGGAGAUGGUGGAAAUAUUGAAAAAGUAGAUGUUGAUCACGCAGAUGACACUGGAAAGUGUCCUUCCCCUGGAGAUAACAUACCAGAAUUUGGAGGAGUUUGCCAUUUAAAUUUUCCCUUUGGUCCUGCUAAAGGCAACUUUUGUUGGAACAAACAACCUGAGUGGAGUGCAUUUAGAGAAAGCAGUUUUGGACAUGGGAUACUUGAGGUUGUGAAUUCAACAUAUGCAUUAUGGACUUGGCACCGAAAUCAAGAUAAUUAUAAAGAAAAUGCAGUUGGAGAUCAAAUAUACGUUGUGCGGCAGCCUGAAUUGUGCAUGAAAGAUUUAAAAUCACAGGACUCACAGCAAUCACUUCCAAAUAAUUCAUCCCCUAAAUCCUCUACUGCUCCUAGCCACCUCUCUCUGGAUGUUUCUAUCAUCAUAUCACAAUUCCUUGGGGUUCUCUUUAUGUAUGGUUUAUAUGCUCAGGUGGAGUGGAGCUAGGUUUUGGACAAUCACUCAUCUAAAGCUAGCCAAAGAGUGGAGAUACGGAUUUGUGCAUAAAAUCAACCAGAUUUUUAUACUGUUCUAGUUGUGAUCCUUUGUUCAGGAUUGAAAGUGUGUGCAUCUUCAGCAAUGAUUGGUUAAGCGUUUCCUUCAAGGGGAUACUUUGGAAUGGAGCAUGUUACAUGCCUUCGCUUUUUUCAAUUUUCAUUUCCUGUGGUGUAAGUUUGGAUACAUCAAAACAAGAUCAAAGGGAACUUGAAAAGCCAUUUUGUUUUUUAAAUUGUCAGCCUAAAUAUGCAUGUGGCAAUUUUUACGUAAAUGUAACUUCUGGAAGCCUUUGCUAUUUUAAUUUUUUUGGAGUUUUUCAAUGCUAAUUUUAUGUAUUACACUAUUAAGUAAUUUAACUGAGGGAUACACGCAACACUACUGAAUUACUACAUGGGAAUGAAAUGUCAUUGU